CACUGACAACCAUCCUCUUCCCGAUAAGCGUCGAUACACCUUUCGUUAUGACCACCGCACUGUGAUUUUUCUCUCUCCGAUUCUGGUUCCCAACGCCGCAGCUUGUACUGGCCGGCGAGGCGGCGCCUAUUUCUCCUCCGUAUUUUCUUCAUUUUGAGGAUUUUAAUGGCCCUUCCGGAUUGGAUUGGAGUAUCUGAAUAAUACACUAUCUCCGAAACAAAAGCCGACGACUCCGGUCUUUUUGCUUAGAAUUUGGACGUUUCCUCUAGCUUUGGUGCGUUUUGGCCCACGGUGGGAUUUCGAACUUGUCGAUCGUCACCAGAGGGAGCUGAAUCAGCAGAGAACAGGGAUAACGGACGAGGAAGAAGAGUGAUAGAAAUUGUGAUGUUGAAAAUGGUCUUCGGCUGCUUCUAGCUAAGUAGGGCGCUGCUGUUGAAUUUGGUGCGAAAUUCUCGUCUCGAUCAUAAGUUUGCUCACUCACUGCUCCCGCUACGUCUCUUUGCAAAUCCAAUCGACGAAGGAUUACGGCUGUGUGUCAUGGAGCCAGAAUCUGGAAUCGGCUCUUCUACUUCCCCUUGUCAGUUCUCGUUGGUUACUCUUUCCAGGAAUUUACUGUUGGCGUACCAGAGCUUUGGGGUUGUGUAUGGCGACCUUAGCACAUCUCCUCUCUACGUCUACUCCAGUGCCUUCUCGGGCAAGCUCCGAAACCACCAUAACCAGGAAGCCGUUUACGGUGCAUUUUCCUUGAUCUUCUGGACCUUGACCUUUGUUCCCUUGAUCAAGUAUGUCAUCAUCGUCAUGAGUGCAGACGACAGCGGUGAAGGUGGCACCUUCGCCCUUUACUCCCUCCUUUGUAGGCAUGCCAAGUUGAGCUUGCUUCCCAACCAGCAAGCAGCUGACGAGGAGCUCUCUUCCUACAGAUAUGGACCCUCCUCUGCUCAGGCUGCUUCCUCCUCUGCCCUUCGCAGAUUCUUGGAGAAACACAAAAGGCUCAGGACUGCCCUCUUGCUUGUUGUCUUAUUCGGUGCUUGUAUGCUCAUUGGUGAUGGUGUCCUCACCUCAGCAAUCUCUGUUUUGUCAUCGGUAUCUGGGAUACAAUCUACAGAAAGCAAAUUAACGAACGCUGAGCUUCUUUUGCUUGCUUGCAUCAUAUUGGUGGGGCUGUUUGCACUCCAGCAUUGUGGUACUCACAGAGUGGCAUUUAUGUUUGCCCCCAUCGUUAUCAUCUGGUUGCUAUUUAUUUUCUCAAUUGGGCUGUACAACAUCAUAUAUUGGAAUCCCAAAAUCGUGUAUGCACUCUCUCCCCACUACAUAGUCAAGUUCUUCAGGGAAACUGGUAAAGAUGGUUGGCUAUCUCUUGGAGGGAUUCUUCUUUCGAUAACAGGCACAGAAGCUAUGUUUGCCGAUCUUGGUCACUUUACUGCCUUAUCAAUCAGGCUUGCUUUUGUCUUCGUUAUUUAUCCUUGUUUGGUAGUGCAAUACAUGGGUCAGGCAGCUUUUCUGUCUAUGAACUUAGACUCAUUUUCCAACAGCUUCUAUGCGUCGAUACCUGAACCCUUCUUUUGGCCUGUCUUUGUUGUGGCCACCCUUGCGGCUAUUGUUGGGAGUCAGGCUGUUAUCACAGCCACUUUCUCGAUUGUUAAACAGUGUCAUGCCCUUGGUUGUUUCCCAAGAGUUAAAGUCGUCCACACCUCAAAACACAUUUAUGGGCAGAUCUACAUCCCAGAAAUAAACUGGAUCCUCAUGGUCCUCACUCUUGCAGUAACCAUUGGAUUCCAAGACACAACUUUGAUUGGUAAUGCUUAUGGACUUGCAUGCAUGACAGUUAUGUUCAUCACGACUUUUCUCAUGGGUCUGGUCAUAGUAUUCGUUUGGCAGAGAAAUUUCUUCUUAGCUACAUUCUUCCUCCUGUUCUUCUGGCUGAUCGAGGGUAUCCUACUUAUCCGCUGCCCUAAUGAAAGUGCCGCAAGGUGGCUGGCUUCCGCUCGCCCUAUCAGUUUAUAUUCAUGCUCAUAAUGUACAUCUGGCAUUACGGCACUCGUCGGAAGUACAACUACGAUCUCCACAACAAAGUCUCACUAAAAUGGGUGCUAGGCUUGGGGCCCCAGCCUUGGCAUCGUCCGCGUCCCCGGAAUUGGUCUAAUAUACUCGGAGCUCACCACUGGAGUACCUUCAAUCUUCUCACACUUCGUCACCAACCUUCCAGCAUUUCACAAAGUACUGGUUUUCGUCUGUGUGAAAUCUGUCCCUGUUCCGUAUGUCUCCCCCGACGAACGAUUCCUCAUUGGCCGAGUAUGCCCCAGACCUUACCGAAUGUACAGGUGCAUCGUGAGGUACGGAUACAAGGACAUACAAAGAGACGAUGGGGACUUCGAGAACUUGCUUGUACAGAGUGUGGCCGAGUUCAUUCAGAUGGAAGCCGUUGAGCCACAUUACUCGAGCUCGGAGACUUCUCCCUCGGUCGAUGGCAGGGAUGGCCGUGAUAAGCACGAGGGAUAUCCGAUCAAGCAUGACUUUGACAGUGACGGAGCAGGAUUUCGUCAGCGUGGUGGAUGACGACUCCAUUCAUAGCGGCAGCAGCAAGUCGAACACCCUCCAGAGCUUGAGGUCUAUGUACGAGGAUGAUACCCCGUCGAUCAGGAGGCGGCAGGUGAGGUUUCAAUUGCCGCCGAACCCGAGGAUGGAUCCCGUGGUGAGGGAGGAGCUGAUGGAUUUGAUCAGGGCGAAGGAAGCCGGGGUGGCGUAUAUAAUGGGACACUCGUACGUGAAGGCCCGGAGGAACUCCUCGUUUAUAAAGAAGCUGGCGAUUGAUAUUGGCUACUCUUUUCUUAGGAAGAACUGCAGAGGUCCCUUCCGUGGCGCUGAAUAUUCCUCACAUAAGCCUCAUCGAAGUUGGCAUGAUAUAUUAUGUGUGAGAGCUUUGCUCGUGUGGAAUACUGCAAAUGCAAUGGAACACCCUUUUGGGGUUUCCUUUUGAUUAUUGCUACUGCAUCUCGCUGCAUAUACAGGAACGAUCCUUUGAUGAAUGUGGACGACAUGUUACUAUGGUAGGUAAACGAUCCUUGUUGCUAAUGUUUUAUUUCGAAAUGCCUUCGAUGUUAUUCGAUCUGGGACAGGGAUUAAUAUUGCGCCCAGAAAACGAAAGAACAGGAGAGAAACGAUUAAACGAAUGAGAGAAAAUGAAGUAUGAUUUCUAUCCUUCUUUUCGUGACGAAUGGGCUGAUGACUUGAUAAAGCCCAGUCAAAUAAUAACUAAAAAUGAACAGAUAAGCUGGGUUAAAAUGCAGAAGGCCCAGACACGAGACACAACGGAGAAGAACAC